UUCGACCUGCAAUAUACGAUAAUGUUGUUGUAUAUUGGAGUAUUUCUACCCAUUAUUCUCUCCUUCAUAUUCUACCAGAUAAGUAGGAGACACAAGAGAAAUAUACCCUUUGCAGUUUUAAAAUUACCAAUCAUUGGUAUGCUACAUUAUCUUCUCCUAAAUUUGUCCAACAUUCACGAUUACGCAAUCUUUGUUUUGAAACAUUAUGGAGGAACUCUGAUGUUCGAAGGACCUUGGUUCACAAACAUGAACUUUAUUCUCACAGCCGAUCCCACGAACGUGCACCACAUCACCACCAAGAACUUUAGCAACUACGGGAAAGGGUCCAAUUUCAGUGAAAUAUUUGACGUUUUUGGAGGUGGGAUUAUUAAUUCUGAUAAUCUCCAUGCAUGGAAAAAAGAAAGGUCAGUACUUCAUUCACUGUUUCAAAGGCAAAGCCUUAAGAUCUUCCUUCGAAAAGCCAUUCAGAAGAAGCUAGAGAAUGACCUAGUUCCAUUUCUUGAUGAUACAUCCGAGGUUGGAGCUGAGGUAGACUUACAAUUUGCCCUUCGGAGGUUCACAUUCGACAUUGCCUGCUCUUGUUUUCUUGGUUAUGAUCCUCACUCUCUUCCAAACAAGAAUACUAAGCUUUCUCAACCUACUUAUCAGAGAGCUUUAGUUGUGAUCGAGGAGUCAUUAUUUCACAGGCACAUCACACCGAGAUGUUUGUGGAAGUUGCAGGAGUGGCUCCAGAUUGGACAAGAGAAGAAGUUCAAGGAGGCCAGAGAAAUUUUUGAUAAAUUCUUGUAUGAAUGCGUUGCAGCCAAGCGUGAAGAGAAAAAUAGAUGCAAUAGCACCAAAGAAGUAGAUGAUACUGAUCAUGACUUGCUGGGAGUGCUAAUGGAAGAAGGAGAUCAAAAGGGGAGAAUAAUGGAUGACAAGUAUCUUAGAGACACUGCAUUUACCUUUGUCUCUGCUGGAAGUGGCACAAUCAGUGCAAGUCUCAGUUGGUUCUUUUGGCUGGUUUCAACUCAUCCACAUGUGGAAGCUAAAAUCCUUCAAGAGAUCAAAGAAAAUUGCAUAAACCAAGAUGGAACUUGGAUUGCUUCUGGUGUUGAAGAGUUUGGUAAGUUAGCUUAUCUCCAUGGAGCUAUAUGUGAAGCACUGAGGCUUUUUCCUACUGUGCCCUAUGAUCACAAGUGUGCAAUAAAAUCUGAUAGACUUCCUAGUGGACACCAU